AUGCCAGAGCAGCAGCAGCAGGGUGGCGUGGUGGUCCACUCGCUUCCCAUCAAGACGACAUUCCGCGGCACGACCGACAUUGAUGCGAACUUCACGCAGCACACCGUUCGGGACGAGAGUGGCGAGCUCCACAACACGCUUCGGGGCCGCACAUUGAUCGGGCGUGAGGUCGUGCUGCCGCCGACGUACGCACUAGUGUGUGCGUCUCUUGCGAAGCGCCAGCAGACACAGGGCGCGGCUGGACAGUCAGUUGCGGCGCUGGUGCAGGUGGAGGCGACGGCGAGCGACGUGCAUGUGAGUGCCGCCACCGAUCGCUUCUGUCUCUGGGAGCACGACAAGCGGCCGGAGCGGCCCGCCGCAUUACUGCAGUGGCUGGGG